AUGCAGAAAGCAGAUAAACCACUCCCCCCUCUGCCCCUCUCCGCAAGGAAGAUCCUGGUAAAGAAUGCCCAACCACCCCAGCCGGUACGGCUGUCGCCAAGCGUUUACAAUCCUUCCCAGUCCAAGUCACGGAGGAGAGAUGCGCGCUUGGACUCCACCAAUCGGGAUGACACUGAAGACCCCUUGCAGAAGCUAAGACGGGAGAAUGAGGACCUCAGCAGAGAGCUAAAGCUCCUUGAAAGUACGAGCGCUGCAAAAGAGCACCUGAUUGCGAAGCUUCAGGAGGACAACCGCAGACUGUGUCGCAUGGCAUCCCGCACUCGUCAGAGGGUCGCAGACAUUGCUACUACCAUUAGUGAGGCCUUUGAACAAUAUCAAGAAUUCACAGAGGCACAAUCCCGGAUCAUGGAUACCUCCACUUCUGAACCGCACUGUGACGAAAUACGGAUAUAUGCAGAGGCAGACUUGGCAAACACUAGUCGGGACACAAACCUUGUUACCAAUGUGAACAUCGACACUGAGAUCGAUGGAGAGAACACAGAUAGCUUGAGUGAAUAUAGCAUUGAGUUUUAG